AUGAUGUCGGCGUCGGUGCGUGUGGAAGUGAACCACCAGAAACAGUCACUGAUUAUCAGCUACGAGGGCGAACAGGAGAUCUUGCAGAUCUCCGACACGGAAAUGUCGUUGAACCUGGAAGAUUUGGCGCAACAAGUCUCCGGCCGCUCCCGGUGCGGCCUCCGCGCCACUCAUCUGACGGAGCCGCUGCGUGAGCUGCGCGUGGCGCGGCCGGCCGUGUCCGCGGGCGUUUCCGUGGGCGUUUCCAGGGCGGAGACAGAGCCAGUUGGUGUGCCAAUCUGGCUACGGUCCUUAAGUGGCACGACCUUGGGUCCCUACAACACUGCCAGCAUCAGGACAGUGGCACAGUUGAAGUCCAAGGUCUUGAAAGACGCACAUUUCCCCGUGGCGCAGCAAGAAAUCGCCCAAGGUGAUCGACUGCUGCCAGAUGCCACGGUGCUCGUGGAAAUCGCUGCAGGCCUGAUGGAGAUCGACUUGCAGCUGCUUUUGCUGAGUCCCAGCCCUUGCCGCGUGGCGCUGCGCUUUCGCCCGCGGCGGCGGGAGGCGGAGGCAGCGCCGGUGUGGCGAGCGGAGACGCAGCAGGCGAAGGUCGUGUUAAUCGAGGGAGCCUGGCAUGUCAGGAAAGAGGCAACAAAGGAGCACUUCUUUGAUGCCGUCUUUGAUGAAGCGGCUUCCGGUGAAGAUGUAUAUCAUCACCUGGCGGCGGACUUGCCGCAGCGAGCACUUGAAGGCAUUUGCUCGGUGCUCCUUUGCUAUGGUGCCAGUGGAACGGGCAAGAGCUUCUCCUUGUUCACGGAGAAUGGGCUCAUCCCAAGGACGAGCGCAGAUCUUUUCGAACAAUGCCGAGAACUUGACACUGUCAUUGCAGUGUCCUUUUUAAGCAUCGUCCAUGAGGAGUUUCGAGACCUCUUGCACCCCAGCAGUGACCGUCUGAUGCUGCGCGAAGUACCCGGAACCAGCGGUCGGGGACGCACGGUGCUACAGCCAGGUGCCUCCAGCCACCUCGCGGCUUCCCCACAGGAGCUGAGUUUGUUGCUGGACGCGGGCUUGCGACAGUUGGCGGUAGACGCCACGACCAUGGAACUGAAGCUUUCUGAGGUGACUCAGAUCUUUACCAUCCAUGUUGCUCGCUUAGGAGAGAGUGAAGCUGCCGCAACAAUCCAGUUCGUCCACAUGGCUGAUAGUGCUCGCUCACGUGAGACACGGCCCAAUCGCAGUGUCACGGGGCUCAUGGAGGUUGUGAGUGCUCUAGCCAGGCGCGAUAGUUUCAUCCCCUAUCGCAACAGCAAACUGACCCGUUGGCUUCAACCGGCCUUGCGCGGUUGCGCCCUUCUGCGGCUGCUCUGCACGGCCAGCCCAGUGGAUGAGGAGGAGACCCUGCGAAGCAUGCUCUUCGCUGCGGAUGCCAGGCAGCUGAGCAACUUUCCCAAGGCCCUCUCGCUGGAGCCCUCAGAUCCCGAGCCGCAAGAUGCUUUCGCGCUGCAGUUGCACUCCUUGCGGAACACCACGGAGGAGGACACAGACCUGGCGGAUGACCCACCGAACAGCGAGCAGGAAAGCAAUGAAGCUCGGAAGGUGGCGCAAAACAACGAAGGCGGCGAGAAGUUGCUGUCCAAGGUGAAGAUGAAGAAGAUGACCAUUCGUGCAGUAAUGGGUGUCAGUAUGAUGGUGACGUUUGGUGGCAUCAUCUACUUGGGUCAUUUGUACCUUUGCACCUUGGUCUUCGCCCUGCAGUGUUUCAUCUUCUCCGAAUUGGUCGGGGUCCGAAAACGCCAAGCUGCUGAGAAGCGGCUGCCACUCUUCCGUUCCAUCCAAUGGGCAUGGUUCUUUGUGGCAUCCUUUUUCACCUGGUCUGGCAGCAUCUGUGACUUCGUGGCCAGCGACCCCAGAUUUCUGUCUUCCCACUCCACUGCGAGAUUGAUUCUCGAGAAGAACAUGAUGGUGUCCUUUUCGCUUUAUACCCUUUUGUUGAUGGUCUCCGUCCUGAGCCUCAGAAAGGGCUUGUACAAAUAUCAGAUCACGCAGUACACCUGGACAGUGGUGACGAUCUGCAUCGUGGUCUUCCAAACCCAGGCGGUGUUUCAUCUCAUCUACGCGGGGUUGUUCUGGUUCGUUCUUCCAUCAUCGCUGGUAAUUUGCAAUGAUAUCAUGGCCUACUACUGCGGUCAGGUCUUCGGUAAGAAGUUGAUCAAGCGAAGAUUCCUGGAACUGUCGCCCAACAAGACCUGGGAAGGCUUUCUGGGGAGCGCGUUCUUUACCAUGCUUUUCGCCUUUUGGUUCUCAAGACAUCUCUGUGGUUACAAGUGGAUGACCUGUGCUCCCGAGCACAUCACCUUCACGGUGUCUCCCUUGAGCUGCGAACCGGAUCAGAUGUAUCGACCGCAGAGCAUCGCGCAGAUCCUCUACGAGACGAUGCCAAGACUACAUACGGCAGAAGUCUUGGCAGGCUCGGUGCCCAUGCUGAAGGCCUUGGGCGAGCUGGAGAUCUGCCAAGCUCAGAUCCACGCCUUGAGCUUGGGAUUCUUCGCGUCCUUCGCCGCGCCCUUCGGAGGUUUCUUGUCCUCCGCCAUCAAACGUGCCUACGGCAUCAAG